UCACCCUUCUUCAAGCUCUGAUCUCAUAAAUGGCACUGGCCACUGGGGAUCGUCUACGGCGUGGUGUUCCUCUCCGUCUCCUUCGCCUGCUUCAUGUUCCUCCACUUCAUCCUCCAUCCGAUGUUCUACAUCACCUUCUGAUGAUCCGUGCACCGUGCUGCUCAAACCGGUUUGGUCCUCCGAUUCUUAAUUUCGAUUUUUCAAUACCUUCUGUUAUGAUUGGUUGAACCCGAAAAGGAAACGGGAAGUUUUUUUUUUUUUUGUUUCCGUGUAAUUCCAGACUCUUUCUUAUUUGUUUUUUUGUUGGUUGUCUAUUCGUAGAUGCCGAUUUGUGAUUGCUGUUUGUUUGGUUGUUUGCAUGUGGAUUCAAUUUUAAUGUCGAUUCUCUGUAUUAUCGCAAUUUUGAAUUUUUUUUCGUUCAUCAAGAAAAUUUGGAUGAUCAAAAUUUGAAACGCGAUUAUGAAUUUGUAAUGAAAAUGAUCCAGUUAUCUUCUGAUUUUUGAAGUUUGAGAGUAUACCAUAGAGAUUUAAUAGUCAUAGUCAAAAUAUUUGGGGUCGAAUUGAACCAUACUGGAAAGGUGAAGGAAUAUCUCAUCUGGUGAAUUUCGACCACUGGGAGCAAUGUGCUUUUUAGCAUUCAUCUCUUUGUGGAUAUGGGAGUAACCGCCUGUCUCUUCAACUUAGAUAUAUGUGAUGAGCGGUACUGUUGUGCAACCACUGCAAAGAUAAGUGCGAAGGAAAAAAGAAGUUAUGACUUUAUAAUCUGUAAACCGACUACCAAAAAUUAUUUGUUGAGAUGAUCAAUUUGUGGAUUCCAAGAGGAUGAUGCUUCGCAUGUUUUCACCUGGAUGCAAGUAUAAUAGCCGUGGUUGGAAGGAUUGGAAAUGAAGGACCAGUCAGCCUGACCGUUUUAGAUCGAAACUAUGCCUGACCUCUUGGCUUCAGAGUAUUGAGUAUUCUAUUGAAAUAAAUGUAUUGAUGAUUU